UGCCAGUCCCGAAACGCGUUCACGUCUGGACAUCCUGCGGGGCACGAUAUCGAAAAUGGCAACAGACAUGUACAUUUGAUAGGGCAGUCCAUUCGAGGGAAAAACAGACUCUGUUAGAGCGGUAGGGCAUAAUGAGCGACUGACGAGGUACGCGAUAAUGAACGAAUAGUUUAGGUAGACCGGUCGUUGCCAGUCGUUCGUUGGGAAUUCCGUAUCGGGGCAGCUGGGAUUGUGAUUAUUACUUUCCGUUCAAAUAAUUUGCCCAACAAGCCGCUAGCUUUCCGCGCGGAAUAAACGCGGCGUGUGUGGGAAGUUAAGCAUUCUCGAUGGCACACCCGUGACGAAUGGUCCCCCAGGAUAAAGGUGGGAGAAGAAGAAAGCACCUCUCACCUUAGAGAACAGAGGGAGAAGGAAAUAUGGGAAAAGGCGACAAGCGGGGCAUCGCGCAACGCAGCGACGCGAGCUCGAAUCUCAUGGGCAAAUUUACACAAAGUGUUCGGAGAAUCGUCCAGGAUGUAAAGGAUGAGGGAACUUCAAGUGGUCAAACUAAAGAAGAAGUGAUUGAAACAAACGAAAGACUAAGAAUCGUAAGGAUACGCCUGGAUGGAAGUUACGAGAUCGCUAAACGUGCCCUCGUUGAACUAAUGUGCAAGUAUACUGACAGCAAGCAAGUCCGCAAUGUGUUUCAACGUUACAACCUCCUAAAACUUAUGAUUAAGGACGUGAUUAAGUUAGAGACCCAAUACUGGACGCUGGUGGAUAUACCGAAGCAGGAAAAACAAGAAACGGUGCCAGCCUUUGUCCUCCGCGCAUGCUCCAUCAUGGAAAAGACCCACAAAAGCGGCGAGGGCGUAAAAACCUCGGCUCGCCUAGCCGAAGAAGCGGAGACCAAGAGAGAACGCAUAGAGAGACUCGAAAGUAUGACAACAGCCCAGAUCGAAGCAGAGAACACGCAAAUGACUAAUGAUCUGUACAGACUGCUGAAGAAAUACACAGGACUCAGAAAUCUCAUCCGAGAUUUGAAGGAGGAGUACAACGGUUCGAAGAUGUACCCAAUCUUUCCUCGUUACCCGAUACUAAAGGACAUGAUAAAGGACAUAAUGCACAACCCAGACUAUAUGGAGGUUUGUCACGAAGUGGACCAAGCAUAGCGGCCGGACCCCCUCCACCGUUCGCCACGCAUGACCUUGUAAAAUUCUUCUAUUUGCAACAGGUGGUAGCGUGGUCGUUGGUGAAGGGGGUGAACUAGAUAAACAAGCCUCGAAAAAGUAUUCCUUUGUUCGGUGGUCGAUCACCAAAAAUUUAGUAAAUUUAUUUCAAACUCGUCUCUCCGUAGAAGCACCCUUCGGUUUAUGUUAAUCUCACUAUAACUGAAUAAUUUAUUCCUUCGGCUGAUUAAAUUCAAACGAUCUAAAUUUACGCGCAGCAAUU